AGAACAGAAAUCUCAAGGCCUUACUCACACCCAUUUUGAGCGGUAUGAGCACAUCAUUUGCUUCGCAAGGAAGACGUUUGAUCGGCUAGAGAAGAUGAAGGCGACUCUCGAGGCCGGGGAGAAGAAAAUCAAAGUGGUUUCGAAGAUCCAUCUUCUUCAAGAGUGUUUUUGGCUUAAUGAUGAUAAUGACGAGAAGAAGGAAGACCUUCUCAAGAUGGCGGGGAAAUUGAAAGUUGCGCUGAAAGAGUUCUUGAAGGUCGAGUUCAAAUGGGAGAGGCCAGCGAUUGGGAUUGCGAGCGGAGAAUGGCGAACACUUGAGAUCCUUGUGGAUGAAGAGGUUGCGAAAAAGAUGAAAAAGGACAAGGGGGCGUUGAUGAAUAAAAUAUUGGAGAAGAAGGGGUGUACGGUGAAUGUAGCCGUCGAUAUUGCUGACAAGUGUCUCGUAUCUAUCUCGGGGCCAAAGGGUAAACUGGCAGAAGCGCAGAAAAUGGCCUUGUCUUAGCGAUAGUA